GAUAUUGUAGGGUUCACGCCAGGAGGAAAAUGAAAGUCUCCACUGUGGCCAACCAGCCACUUCCACCCGAGCCGGCCACUUCUGCCUUUGGAAAGUGUUUCACAAUGCCCACGUUUGCGAGGACAGCGAGCUCAGCUGAGGAUGGGUAAGAGGGUGUGGGUUCGCACACUCAUAGGCAUCAGCCCCAGACAGGGAGCAUGGGCUGAGGAACUGCCCAGCACGCCGGUCACACGCAGAGAGUGCCAGAGCCCGCCGUCCCCAUGACAGGUGACAGCGGACCCCAAAGGCUAAGCAGGCCCAGCUAUGGCUCCAUUUCCACCCCACCCAGCCCAGAGCAACAGCAAGCGCCUCCCGGGGGGACCUACCUGAGUGAGAAGAUCCCCAUCCCGGACACAGAGCCGGGCACGUUCAGCCUGCGGAAGCUGUGGGCCUUCACCGGGCCUGGCUUCCUCAUGAGCAUCGCUUUCCUGGACCCAGGAAACAUCGAGUCGGAUCUUCAGGCUGGCGCUGUGGCUGGAUUCAAAUUGCUCUGGGUGCUGCUGUGGGCCACGGUGUUGGGUUUGCUCUGCCAGCGACUUGCUGCCCGGCUGGGAGUGGUGACUGGCAAGGACUUGGGCGAGGUCUGCCAUCUCUACUACCCUAAGCUGCCCCGCACCCUUCUCUGGCUGACCAUCGAGCUGGCCAUCGUGGGCUCGGACAUGCAGGAGGUCAUCGGCACGGCGAUUGCAUUCAGCCUGCUCUCAGCUGGACGAAUCCCGCUCUGGGGUGGCGUGCUCAUCACCAUCGUGGACACUUUCUUCUUCCUCUUCCUCGACAACUACGGACUGAGGAAGCUGGAAGCCUUUUUCGGAUGCCUUAUUACCAUUAUGGCCUUGACCUUCGGCUACGAGUACGUGGUGGCACGUCCCGCUCAGGGGGCGCUUCUCCAGGGCCUGUUCCUGCCCUCGUGCCCCGGCUGCGGCCAGCCCGAGCUGCUGCAGGCCGUGGGCAUCGUCGGCGCCAUCAUCAUGCCUCACAACAUCUACCUGCACUCGGCCCUGGUCAAGUCUCGAGAGAUAGACCGGGCCCGCCGGGCGGACAUCCGAGAAGCCAACAUGUACUUCCUGAUCGAGGCCACCAUCGCGCUGUCCGUCUCCUUUUUAAUCAACCUCUUUGUCAUGGCCGUCUUUGGGCAGGCCUUCUACCAGCAAACCAACCAGGCCGCGUUCAACGUCUGUGACAACAGCAGUCUCCACGACUACGCCAAGAUCUUCCCCAGGAACAACCUGACAGUGACCGUGGACAUUUACCAAGGAGGCGUGAUCCUGGGCUGCCUUUUCGGCCCCGCCGCCCUCUACAUCUGGGCGGUGGGUCUCCUGGCGGCCGGGCAGAGCUCCACCAUGACCGGCACCUACGCGGGACAGUUUGUGAUGGAGGGCUUCCUGAAGCUGCGGUGGUCGCGCUUCGCCCGCGUCGUCCUCACUCGCUCCUGCGCCAUCCUGCCCACCGUGCUCGUGGCCGUUUUCAGGGACGUGAGAGACCUGUCAGGCCUCAACGACCUGCUCAACGUGCUGCAGAGCCUGCUGCUUCCCUUCGCUGUGCUGCCCAUCCUCACGUUCACCAGCAUGCCGGCCAUCAUGCAAGAGUUUGCCAAUGGCCUGCUGAGCAAGAUCAUCACUUCCUCCAUCAUGGCGCUGGUCUGUGCCAUCAAUCUCUACUUCGUGGUCAGCUACCUGCCCAGCCUCCCCCACCCCGCCUACUUCGGCCUUGUAGCCCUGCUGGCCGCAGUCUACCUGGGCCUCACCGCCUACCUGGUCUGGACCUGUCUCAUCGCCCACGGGGCCACCCUUCUGGCCCACAGCUCCCACCGACAAUUCUCAUACGGGCUUCCCGAGGAGAAGCCGGAGCCCUCCGGAUGAACGACCCCCCGGGCCCGGCUGCGGGGCGGAAUGAGUGGG